UCCGACUUCCCCCUCUACUACUUCCUGCUUGUGCCGACAAUAUGGCAGCGCCCUUAACGAUUCACCUGGAGUUUGGUGGCGGAGCAGAGCUGCUUUUUGACAGCGUGAAGGAGCAUCAUGUGACUCUGCCAAGCCAGUCCGAACCUUGGGACGUGAAGCAGCUGCUGGUCUGGAUCCAACGGAACCUGCUGAAGGAACGGCCUGAGCUCUUUGUCCAGGGAGACUCUGUGAGACCCGGGAUCCUGGUGCUUAUCAACGAUGCAGACUGGGAGCUAAUGGGGGAGCUGGACUACCAACUACAGGACCAAGACAACGUUGUGUUUAUUUCUACUCUUCAUGGAGGAUAGCAAAUGAGUGAGGAAUACAAACACAUCCUUGACUUCUCUGUAACAGCCUUUUCCUCCACAUCUUCUGCACUCUUCACUUCUUUCCCUCCUCCACAUCUUAACAACCCACCACCCCAUUGGACGCUGCGGACGUGUCAGCCUGCACCGUGAGCUCUGACCGUGAUUGAUGUUGGUCCGCAGACAUGAGUGAAAAUUCAGAGAUGGUUACCAAGAAAAAUGUGGAAACUGUGAGACAGGAAUUGUUUGCGUAACAUUUUUUUUUAAAUUCAGAAAGACAGGUGUAAUCGCAUGAAGCUGUGGGUGCACAGGUGUGAAUAUGAACACCUACAGUUGGUGUGUAAACCCUCAUCUCCCUGCAUCCUUUUUUGCAGCAUGACUGUGAAACACAAACUGAUCUUAUCUUAGGGUCUACAAUGACCUUCAGUCCACAAGAAGAUUAAAUAAAAGGCAACACUUUGCUUUAAACCCCCCUAAUUAGCAUCUGUAAGCCUUAUGUGAACAUUUAGCAAUAUGUUCAGAACACACUGUGCUGUAGUUGUAAGUGGAUAAAAGGACAAUUUAGGUGUUUUUCUUAAAUGUAUUUGUCAACAAUUACCACAAUACCGCUCAAAGAAAAAUGGAAGUAAAAAUAUUGUUUCAGUUGUAACACUGUAAUUUACACAUAUCCUUCAAUUUUUUUUUAAAAUAAAAACUAUUAUAACUUCUAAAUUGCACAUUCAAUCUGUGUUUAAAUAGACUGUCAUUCAUGACCUGUUUAAACACCAGUUACCAGUUAUGGAUGCUUCACAUGUAGGGUUAAAGCUGUUGACAAAUAAUAAAUAAACCAAAAUGCCCUGCAUAUCUAUCUGCUUACAACUAUAUUAUUGUGUAUUAUAAUAUGUAUUAAAUGUUCAUGAAAUGCUUGGAAAUGCUAAUCGGGGGAUUAAAUAGUGUACUGAAGAAAUGUAUUUUUUAUUUAUUUUUUUUAAUUUUAUAAUUUCUGGUCAAAGGUGAU